AUGGAGCCCGACAGACAGCCUUCUUCUCGUGUACCAUUUUACAGACGGCUGUCCUCCCUCGCAUCCUUUCGCAAUAUGAGCCGGCUUUUCUCCUUUGACCAAGAAGAAAAGGGCUUCCCUUCAGAGGGGGUACAUGGUUCUUUGCACCCUCAACCACCUACACAACCAUACCCGAAUGCUGGCGCAACACAAUUUGAGCCUCCAAAUCAACCACCACCCUCACUACCACUAGACGAGCGAGAGCGAGUCAGUCAGAUAUACAAUCUUCAUCAAACACAUAAUUUGAUUCCUGCAGACAAUAAACUUCUGAUAUUCAGAUCAUUGACGGGUAUUGACUCAGUGCCUGUGCUUUCGAAUCAUGGGUUCUUCUCUCCCAGGCAUGCACCCAACGUCGGCAUAUACACGCGAAUUGUCACCGCAGAAAAAACUGCUGCAUCCCGCUAUCGCAUUUUCAACAUCUUGAUCAACACAUGUCUGGCGAUUCAAAUUGUGGUUGCCGCUGCAUUGACAGCCAUCGGUGCUGCAAGCGGUCCACAUGGCGCCGUAACGGCGUUUGGAGCCAUCAACACGAUCAUGGCAGGUAUCCUGACCUAUCUGCGCGGUUCUGGUCUUCCACACAAAGAGCGGAAUAUAGAAAAAGCAUGGAGUCAGAUACGCGAGUACAUUGAACAGCGCGAACGAGAAUUCUGUCUGGAAGGUUGCCAGUUAAGCGUUGAGGAUGAGAUACACAACAUUGAGCGAAUGUAUGAAGAAGUUCGUACGCAGAUGGAGGCUGGGGCAUCAGACAGUGGAGGCAAAAGAGGUGGAUUAGAGAAUCUGUCGAGUCUGCGACCAAGGGGUAGUUUGCUUGCUGAAGCCAAGAGUGCGGUGCAAGGCGCGAUUGCUGGCCAUCGCGAUCAGACGGAACAUCAUCUUCGCGAUGAAUUAAGGAAUUUGGGACAGCGGUUUCAGGGCACGCGCGACGAGACGGAGCAUCACCUUCGAGAUCAGCUUCACAGUGUGGGCCAACGAUUUACAGGCGCACGCGACCAGGUUAGAGAUGCUAGCCAACAUAUCAGAGGGACGGCAGAUGAUAUUCGGCAUACUGGAGAAGAUUUGCGCCAUACCGGUGAGGAUUUACGGCACACUGGUGAACAGGUUCGACAAGCAGGAGAGAAUCUUCGAGAUGCGGAUGUGCACCUAUCUGUUCAGACGCCGUCUUUAUCACUGUCGAGGCAUGGACAGACCGAAACCCAUGAGGGUGUGCGAGAGAAGGACUUUGAAUAA